UUCUCAUCAAAGUCAAACUUCCAGUUUCAUUUCAUGUGGUCACACUUGAAGAGAUAAAGUAUCAUCUCAUAAUAUCUGCUACAACUUUCUUCCAUUUCACACUGCAAAAUUAUCCCUUUUCUUUAUUUCCUCCCCUACCCUCUUCAAUCUUCAUAUCUCCAUGUUUUAAUCUCAAUUGUCAAACCCAGAAUUUUAAUCUAUUCAUCAAUCUUUCUAAUCAUAAUCAUGGCAGAAGCUGUUUUAUACAACAUUGCUCAAGAGCUUAUAAUCAACAUGAGUUCAGCAGCCAUUGAAGAGGUUGCAUCAGCUUGGGGCUACAAAACCCACCUUGCAAAACUCAAAAAUUCAAUCAACACCAUUAAAGAUGUGCUCUUAGAUGCAGAAGAAAGACAACCCAACAGCCAUGCUAUUCGAGGUUGGCUCGAAAGGCUUCGUGUCGCGGUGUAUGAUGCAGAUGACCUGUUCGACGAAAUUACCAGCUUAACUGACCAAAAUGAGGUCAUAUAUGGUGGAAAAUGUACCAAGGAGGUACGUUUUUUCUUCUCAAAAAUCAAUCAGCUUCAUGUUGGUAGUACAAUGUCUAGGAAAAUUAAUGAGAUAAGGGAAAACUUAGAUGAUAUUGCAAAAGAUGGUGGGAAUUUUGGGUUUAGAUUGCAAGUUAAUGAGGAGCCAGUAAUUGGUAGAAUUCGAGAUCAAAGUUAUUCUUUUGUACGUGAGGAGGAUAUUGUAGGUAGAGGUAGUGAUAAAGUUGCUAUUUUGGGAAUGUUGUUUGGUUCUGAUAUUGAAGAGACUGUUUCUGUUAUUCCUAUAGUUGGAAUUGGAGGACUUGGGAAGACCACUUUAGCUCAAUUGGUGUAUAAUGAUGAGAAAGUAGAUGAUCAUUUCGAGCUUCGAUUGUGGGUUUGUGUGUCUGAUAUGUUUGACAUUAAAGUCAUUGUAGAGAAGAUUUUGACUUGUGCUACAUGUGUGAAGCCUAGUGACUUAGAAAUGGAGCAACUACAAAGGCAACUUAGGGAUGCCAUUGGUGGGAAGAGGUAUUUGCUUGUUUUGGAUGAUGUAUGGAAUGAGGAUCGCGAAGAAUGGCUUAAGUUGAAAGCUUUGCUGUUUAGUGGUGGACCAGGAAGUAAGAUUUUGGUAACCACUCGACUUAGACAGGUAGCUAGCAUCAUGACAACGGGUUUGUGUUAUGAUUUGAGGCACCUUACAGAAGCUGAAUCAUGGUCUCUAUUUGGUAAAAUGGCCUUUGAACCUGGUCAGGAGAGUAAAGAUUUAGAGUUGGUCGAAGUAGGGAAGGAGAUACUGAAGAAGUGUGCCAACGUUCCACUUGCUAUAAGAACUGUUGGGGGCCUUUUAUACGCCAGAGAUCGGAAAAGGUGGUUAGCUUUUAAGGAUAAUGAACUAGCAAAGCUACCAGAGACUGGAAAUAGCAUAAUGCCUAUUUUAAAGCUCAGUUACAACCAUCUUUCGUCCUCACUUAAGCACUGCUUUGCUUAUUGUGCUUUGUUCCCCAAGGACUAUGAACUAGAAAAGGAGAGACUGAUUAGUCUUUGGAUUGCUGAAGGUUUUGUCGUGCCAUCGUGUGAAAGACAGAGUCUUGAAGACGCUGGCGAGGAGCAUUUCAUGGAUUUGGUACAAAGAUGCUUCUUUCAAAAUUUAACAAAAGAUGCACUAGGAACUAUCAAGAGUUGCAGAAUUCAUGAUUUGAUGCAUGAUUUAGCCCUUAAAGAGGCUGGAGGGGAGAGCAUUAUUCUCACCUGUGAUAUGAGGAAUUUAAAUAAAUAUACUCAUCAUAUAUCUUCUGGGUUCAAUUUGACAUCGUCAUGGGAAAUCCCAAAUUGUUUGCUAGAAUUGAACCGGCUUCGUACCUUUCUUUUGCCAGAACAAGCAAAACUUGGAACGAGGAUUAGGAAGUCGGUCUCUGACCAAUUAGUUACAAACUUUAGACGUUUGCGGGUGUUAGAUCUACACGGACUAGGGGUUGAAAUUCUGUCAAACUCUAUAGGAGAUCUAAUUCAUUUAAGGUACUUAGAUCUCUCAUUCAAUUCACACAUUAAGACACUUCCAAACUCUAUUAGUAGAUUGCAAAAUUUACAGGUGUUAAGACUUUCCAAGUGCUAUAGGCUGAGGAAGUUGCCCUCAGAUUUCAAAAGGUUAAUCAAUCUUAGGUGCCUUGAGCUUGAGGAUUGUGAUGCAUUGACUCACAUGCCAGCUGGAAUGGGUAGAUUGACUGCUCUCCGGGAUUUGCAGAUUUUACUUCAGGGAAAAUGGAAAGCCGCUCUUUCAGAAGCAAAGGAAGCAAAUUUGUGUAACAAGUUGCAUAUUGUGAAGUUAGUCAUAGAUUUUUUUGAGGCACACCACAUGUACCAUGAAUCAUUGCUUGAAGGCCUCCAACCGAAUCAAAACGUACAAAUCCUAGCUGUCACAUAUUAUGCAGGUCAGAGUUUUCCUAGUUGGGCUGGGUUGGAUAAGCUAAACUCCUGCCUACCUAGUCUAGUAGAAAUUUACAUAAGCAAUUGCAAUAGAUGCCAAUGUCUUCCAUUUUUCAGCCAACUCCUCUGUCUCAAACGUUUACAUAUUACCUAUGCCCACAGCGUAGAGUACAUGGAAGAGAUGGGGGUGUCUUCAUCUGUAUCAUCCAGGCCCUUUUUCCCAUCCCUUGAAGAGUUAACACUUGAUCGAAUGGGUAAUUUAAGGGGGUGGUGGAGGCAAACUCAAGGACAUCAUGAUGAUGUCACAGCAGCAUCAAUUCAACACAAUGAAGCGCUGCCAUGUUUUCCUCGACUCUCUAAGCUACACUUACAAAAUUGUGCCAAGUUGAGAACAAUGCCUCUUUUUCCUCAUGUUGAAGAACUUAAGUUGGUAAAUUGUUUAUGCCAAAUUCUGAUCAGGCAGAACUUAGCUGAGGAUCUACAGCUAAUGGAGAUGCAAUAACAAGAAAUGCUAGCUACAGAAUUAAAAGAAGAUGCAAAGAAGAAACAAAGACACCAAGAAAUGGUGACGCGGAAAACCCCAGGAAGAGGGUAAAAACCGCGGGUGGAAUUGAGUCCACCAAUCCACUAUGUAGGAAGAUUACAACUUAUAGCUAGCAGCUAGCAGCUUGUAGCUUGGAGUAAAUACACUUGUAAAUAUUUGCAAAAGUAAAGGGGAGUGCUCUUAUGUAAGUGAUGUUAAUGAACUGCCUUUCCCCCAAUAUUUCUACUUCUAUUUAUAGCCAUACAUUUAUUGUAA